CGCCGGAGUAACUGCUCAUGUCGAGCAAACACUUGGUAGCAGAAUACGCACCAGUGGCUGAAUUCUUUUGGUGUGUUUUCCCGCGGCCGAAGACAUUGUCCGAUUGCUAUGUGGAUUAGACAGAAACUGUAGGGAUGUUGACGCAGACAUGAGCCCCGCCGACGCAGCCGCUACCACACCAUUGCCAAACUCUUAAACUCGGCGAACCCCCACCGUAGCCCGUCAUUCCUCUUCACUCAUCCUUCACCAGUCUUCGAUUACUCUAUACAGUUGCGCGCCAGGCCGCUGCGACUCUUACCCGUUGACACUACAUACACAAACUCUACAUCGACUCUCGCACACCAUGUCUGACCCCGUGGGAGAUUUCGGCCUCAUUGGCCUUGCUGUUAUGGGACAGAACUUGAUCCUCAACGCCGCCGAUCAUGGAUUCACAGUCGUUGCGUUCAACAGGACCGUUGCCAAGGUUGACCGAUUCCUGGACGAUGAGGCCAAGGGCAAGUCCAUCGUCGGAGCCCACUCCAUCAAGGAGUUCGUUUCGAAGCUCAAGAAGCCCCGCCGCAUGAUGAUGCUCGUCAUGGCCGGCAAGCCCGUCGACGACUUCAUUGAGCUCCUCUUGACUGAGGGCGGUAUCGAGGAGGGUGACAUCAUCAUCGACGGUGGAAACUCCCACUACCCCGACACAAACCGCCGCACCAAAUACCUCGCUGACAGGGGCAUCCGAUUUGUUGGUACCGGUGUUUCCGGAGGAGAGGAGGGUGCUCGUUACGGUCCUAGCAUCAUGCCCGGUGGUAACGAGGAGGCCUGGCCAUACAUCAAGGACGUCCUCCAAUCUAUCUCCGCCAAGUCUGACGGCGAGGCCUGCUGCCAAUGGGUUGGUGACGAGGGUGCUGGUCACUACGUCAAGAUGGUUCACAACGGUAUUGAAUACGGUGACAUGCAGCUGAUUUGCGAGGCCUACGACAUCAUGAAGCGCGGUAUCGGAUUGAGCAACAAGGAGAUCGGCGACGUCCUGGCCAAGUGGAACACCGGUGUUCUUGACUCUUUCCUAAUUGAGAUUACCCGCGACAUCAUGUACAAGAACGACGACGAUGGUGUUGCCAUUGUCGAGAAGAUCUUGGAUUCUGCUGGUCAGAAGGGUACCGGCAAGUGGACAGCCAUCAACGCUUUGGAUCUCGGUAUGCCCGUCACUUUGAUCGGAGAGGCUGUCUUCGCUCGUUGCCUGAGUUCGCUCAAGUCCGAGCGUGGCCGUGCUGCUGGACUUCUGGAGGGCCCCACCCCCAACUUCUCUGGUGACAAGCAGGAGUUCAUCGACAACCUCGAGCAGGCUCUUUACGCUUCCAAGAUCAUCUCGUACGCCCAGGGCUUCAUGCUGAUCCAGAAUGCCGCCAAGGAGUACAAGUGGAAGCUGAACAAGCCCGAGAUUGCUCUCAUGUGGCGUGGUGGCUGCAUUAUCCGAUCUGUUUUCUUGAAGGAUAUCACCAAGGCCUACCGUGCCAACCCCGACCUCGAGAACUUGCUUUUCGACGACUUCUUCAACAAGGCUAUCCACAAGGCACAGGCUGGAUGGAGAGACAUUGUGUCUAAGGGCGCUCUCUGGGGUAUCCCCACUCCCGCUUUUAGCACCGCUUUGAGCUUUUACGACGGUUACCGUGCGAAGGACCUGCCCGCCAACCUGUUGCAGGCACAGCGUGAUUACUUCGGCGCGCACACCUUCAGGAUCAAGCCCGAAUUCGCCAACGAGACCUACAAGGAGGGCGAGAACAUCCACGUCAACUGGACCGGAAGGGGUGGAAACAUCUCCGCUUCGACUUACAACGCGUGAUCUGUGAGUUCUUUGUCGGUUGAUAGAGGGGAGCAUGCCGCUGCCUAGGAUAUGCGGGUGAAAAUGAAUGAUAUGAUAAUCAAAGAUAG